GGACCCACCGAUAUAUCAAUGCGUGGUAUCUGUGCGCGUGUAGGGGCACACCGGUGUGGGUGAUCCUUCCUCCAUUUUCUCCCCUUCACUCAAAUUUCAUCUGAAGCUACUGUGCUCCCAUGACGACGUCGUUAGGAGCUUCUCAUAUCUGCAUUUCCAACGAUCCAAAGCAGCAGCAGCAGCAGCUUGAAAUUCAGAAAUUUAAUGGAUUGAGAUUGUUGCGCUCACCACAGUCCUUCAACAAUCGGAUUCACUUGUUCUCCCAUGUUUCUCCUUUCCUUGUUCGAGCUGUUUCUGCUCCUACUAAGACGGAAACUUCCGCUCAGCCUAAACGUAGCAAGGUUGAAAUAUUCAAAGAACAAAGUAACUUCAUACGAUAUCCUCUCAAUGAGGAGUUAUUAACAGAAGCCCCAAAUAUAAAUGAGGCUGCUACACAGUUGAUCAAGUUCCAUGGAAGCUAUCAACAAUAUAACAGAGAUGAGCGUGGUUCCAGGACUUACUCAUUUAUGCUUCGAACUAAAAACCCUUGUGGAAAAGUCUCCAAUCAACUUUAUCUGGCCAUGGAUGAUCUUGCUGAUCAGUUUGGGAUCGGAACACUUCGUCUCACUACCAGACAGACGUUUCAGCUCCAUGGUGUUAUGAAGCAAAACCUUAAGACGGUCAUGAGCACUAUCAUAAAAAGCAUGGGUUCAACUCUAGGUGCGUGUGGCGAUCUCAAUAGGAAUGUCCUUGCUCCUUCUGCCCCUCUAGUCAGAAAAGACUACCUCUUUGCGCAACAAACUGCUGACAACAUUGCUGCACUGCUAACUCCUCAGUCUGGUUUUUAUUAUGAUAUGUGGGUGGAUGGGGAGAAAUAUAUGUCGGCGGAACCUCCUGAAGUUGUCAACGCUCGCAAUGAUAAUACACAUGGAACUAAUUUCCCCGAUUCGCCCGAGCCUAUAUAUGGAACUCAAUUCCUACCAAGGAAGUUCAAAAUUGCAGUUACUGUCCCAACAGAUAACUCAGUUGAUCUCUUCACAAAUGAUAUUGGCGUUGUUGUUGUCUCUGAUGAUAAUGAAGAGCCUGUUGGGUUUAACAUUUAUGUUGGUGGUGGUAUGGGAAGAACUCAUAGAGUAGAGACCACUUUCCCUCGUUUGGCAGAGCCAUUAGGUUAUGUUCCCAAAAAGGAUAUAUUGUCUGCAGUAAAAGCAAUUGUUGUUACACAGCGAGAAAAUGGCAGAAGAGAUGAUCGGAGGUAUAGUAGGAUGAAAUAUUUAAUUAGCUCGUGGGGGAUUGAGAAGUUCAGAACUGUUGUUGAACAGUACCAUGGAAAGAAAUUUGAACCUUGCCAUGAGUUACCAGAGUGGGAAUUUAAAAGCUACUUGGGAUGGCAUGAGCAGGGUGAUGGUAAUUUAUAUUGUGGGCUUCAUGUUGAUAGUGGGCGUGUUAAGGGAACAAUGAAAAAGACAUUAAGGGAGCUAUUUGAGAAGUAUAACCUGAAUGCUCGUAUCACUCCAAACCAAAAUAUCAUCUUAUGUGAUAUCCGCCGAUCAUGGAAACGGCCCAUCACCACAGCUCUUGCACAAGCGGGUCUGCUGCUACCUAAAUAUGUAGAUCCCCUCAACGUAACUGCUAUGGCUUGUCCAGCUAUGCCACUCUGUCCUCUGGCUAUAGCUGAAGCUGAACGCGGGAUUCCAGACAUCCUCAAGCGAGUUCGAACAGUAUUUGAGAAGGUUGGUUUGAAGUAUAAUGAAUCUGUAGUAAUAAGAAUAACUGGCUGCCCCAAUGGGUGUGCUCGUCCAUACAUGGCAGAACUCGGAUUAGUUGGAGAUGGUCCCAACAGUUACCAGAUCUGGCUUGGAGGAACACCUAACCAGACUUCCUUAGCGAAAACAUUCAUGAACAAAGUUAAACUUCAAGACCUUGAGAAAGUUUUCGAGCCUUUGUUUUAUCAUUGGAAGAGGAAACGGCAAUCAAAAGAGUCAUUUGGUGAUUUCAGUAAUCGCCUGGGGUUUGAGAAGUUGCAAGAGCUGGUUGACAAGUGGGAAGGCAUACCUCUGUCAUCUGCACGUUACAACUUAAAGCUUUUUGCUGAUAAGGAGACAUACGAGGCCAUUGAUAAACUUGCAAAGAUUCAGGAUAAGAGUGCUCAUCAAUUAGCCAUAGAUAUAAUCCGUAACUAUGUUGCUUCUCACCAAAAUGGCAAACAGGAGUGAGCCCUGAUUAUAGUUUGAUAUUUUUUUUAUUCUCUGAGGUUGUGAGUGCUUCUCCCCAGAUCAUCACUGCCUGCUUUUACUACUGUGCUAGGUCAUGAUUAAAAAUUGCCAAGCUUGACUUGAACAGGUAAAUGAUGCUUCAAGUUGGCGUACCAAUUUUGUUUGGUUCUUAAGAUUUGGUUGUACCAUUUGUAUUUUGAUGAUACAGAGUUCAGUAUUACUUUUGGGAAAUUUUGAGGAUAAUUUAUUGUUAAGACAAAGAUUACUGUUAAAACUUUGUUUUUUGUAGGCUUCA